AUGAGCUUUUUCAAAAAGAGGAGCUUCGCAAACUUUGGAGAGUUCGAAGACGCUACAGAGGUACUCGGCAAUGAUAUAGAAGAUUGGAUAUUCGAGGGAAAUCUAUAUAUGCUAGCAAGCAUAUACAGGAGCGCGGGGCAGAAAAACAAAGCAAUCCAGACGUUGCAGAAAAAAUCAAGUAAUGUAAUUGUCAAAUCCACCUAUUUACUUGAAGUGCUUUCGACAUAUGUGUACUUCGAAGACUACGAGGGAGCCAUUCAAAGAGCCAAGCUUAUUAAUCCAAAAAAUGAGCCUAUCGAAAGGCUGAUGCUGCAGGUAGAAGUACACCAGAAUACAAAUGAUGCAAAAAUAUGCUGUGGAACAGAUGAGUAUACAAUGCUGGUUGAUCGCAUAGUACGAUACCUGUCAAAAUACUUCAAUGUCGAUGUCUUUGAGCUUCUGAAGAAAGUGCUUGCUCAAUUCUGCAGUAAUAAUGCAUUAUGCAGCAACAAAAACUGUGGGUCUGCAGUAAUUGACAUGUUUUUAAAGCAAUGCAGUGCAGAGUAUCUUCAAAAGCAGAGCCUGAAUGCUCUCAAGUACCUGUACCAUGAAGUUGGCAUGCUGGAUGCACUGAGGGCUAUAAUUAGCAGAAUGCUAACUCUUGAAGAAGUAUACUUCGAUGAGUUUGUGCAAAAGUGCAGCCCGACAAAUGAGGAAGCACUCUCAAUCCUGGAAAGAGUUUACAUUCCAUCAGUAUACAAUGCAAUAGAUAGCAGCUUAAUGACAGAAUGUGCUUUAAAGGUCAUGAAGCACACAAAAAAACGCAGCAAUAGAGACGUAAAGCUAAACACAUCCCACUCUAAGAAAAUACCAGCUAGUCAGUACAGCAAGCACAUUAAGAUACUAUCCAAAGAUAAAAAAUACAAUAAAUAA